AUGAAAGGAAAAUUGAUCUAAGGUUCAUGGUCUUAAUAAACUGAAAAAGACAUAUCAUAUUAAUGGGUAUAAAAAAUGCCUGAUAUUGAAUUAAUAGAAAAAGGCAUUUCAAUUCUUAAAUUUUAAGAAAGUUUCUAAAAAAGAAAUACUGAAAUGGAGUUUCGAUUAAUAAGAAGAAUUACGGAAACAUAAUUUCAUAAUGAAAAGUUAAAAAAUUAUGAUCCAAAUUUAAAUAAGAUGAAUAGAUACAAUAAUAUAAUACCAUAUGAACAUACAAUAGUGAAUUUAGAAAAAGAUUCUGAAGAUGAAGAAAACCUUUAUAUAAACGCAUCAUUUAUAGGAUCAAUUUUUGAAGAUGAUGAUAAAAAUAAAUUUAUUGCAACUUAAGGUCCUUUGCCUAAUACUUAAAUUCAUUUUUGGAAAAUGAUUUGGUAAAAUGAUGUGGAAUGCAUAGUAAUGGUUUGUAAUUUAAAAGAAAAUGAUAAAGUUUAAUGCGAAUAAUAUUGGCCAAUCGAAGUUAAUUAAGAAGUUUAAUAAGGAAUUUAUAAAUUAAAACUAGUUGAAGAAAUUUUAAUUUUUUAAAAUUUAUAUAAGAGAACUAUUCUUCUAGAAAAAGAAAAUUCUGAUAUAAAAAAAAAGUUUAUCAAUAUUAAUUUAUAGAAUGGAGAGACCAUGGAGUUCCUAGUUAAAAAGAUUAUAAUUGCUGGUGUAGGUAGAACUGGAACUUUAAUAUCUUUAGUAAAUUUAAUGAUAAUAGUAGAAUAUUACGUUCCUAUUAUAUAAGAAAUAAUUAAAAAUUAAUAGAGUAUUGAAAACUUAAAUAAUUGUAAUAUAAGUAUAUUUGGUACUGUUAGAAAAAUCAGAGAAUAAAGAUGGGGUAUGGUUCACCAUUCUGAAUAAUAUGCUUAUUUAUAUAAAUAUAUGAAUUUAGCUAUAGAAAAAGUACUUAAAAUUAUAAAUGCUGACAAAUACUUUAAUUUAUAAUUAAACUCUACAUUUGAGAAUAAUAUAUACGAAGGAAAUUAAUCAUUAGAUAAUGAAGUUAAAAAUAAUGAAAAUUAAUAGGAAUUAAAUUAAUAAGAAUAAAAUUAAUAGGAGUAAAAUUAAUAGGAGUAAAAUUAAUAGGAGUAAAAUUAAUAGGAGUAAAAUUAAUAGGAUUAAUAUUAAUAGGAAUAAAAUUAAUGA